UUGAAACCUCUGUCUAUGGCUUUCUGAAACAAAAUUGCUUGGUAGUUUCUUAUAAAAAAACUAUGUAUUAUAUAUGAUAUAUAUAGUAGCGGACCCUGCCCAAAACCUCCACAUAUCAAACUUCAGAGAAAUUACUGUUUCUAAGAUCACAUGGUUUUUUAAGCAAUCAGCCCUAUCUGCCAGGAUGAUUUGUGGAUCUAAACCAUUCAGGGUGCCACUCAAACACAUACAGAAAAAUUUAUUUAAAUUAGUCAAGCCAUUUAUGAGGAGUUCAAUGACAUACACCCAUACAGCAGAACUAUAUAUGACGGCAUGUCUAUUAUUUAAAUUGAAUUUUGAAGGAGGUUUUAUCACAAUUCAUCGGAUGGGGGUACAAUGAAUCAAACUCUGGCGGAACGUCAAACAGACAGUUCUGCGUGCACAUUAUGGUUGAGAGCGAGCGCUGUGAUAUAGUAGAUGGAUUGCCAAAAUCCGUUAUUUUUGUAAUUUAUUCGGUCUGAUUAUAAAAUCCUACGCCCUGCGAUCAACUGUGAAGACCAUGAUAGGGUUGUUGAUGUUUGUACCAACCCUCCCGCUGCCUUCAUAUAUUUUAUAUAUAUAUAAAGAUAAUAAACAAUUAUGUUAUAAAUAUAUAAAUUAAUGAG